AUGCAGAUUGGAGAAAAUAUGAGCUGGGUAGACUUUGUCAAUCUUCGAGCAGAGACUUAUGCGUCGGAAGACAAUCGUAUUCCAUGCGUUGAAAUUGGUACAACCCAGCAAGACGCUGAGCGACGCGACUUUACCAUCAAUAGUCUCUUUUACAAUCUGGCAACGAAGCAAGUGGAGGACUUUACAAGACGCGGCAUCGAAGACUUGGAAAAUGGACGUUUGCGGACGCCGCUAAAUCCACGUGUCACAUUUUUAGAUGAUCCGCUGCGUGUGCUGCGAGCUGUACGCUUUGCCUCACGCUUCAACUGCAGGUUAGACGACGACUUGCGACUUGCCGCGAAGCUUGAGGAAGUAAGAGUAGCAUUUUUACGUAAAGUGAGUCGUGAGCGUGUGGGUAAGGAGCUGUCCGGCAUGCUUACGGGUAGUAGUGCGCAUCCUGAACAUAAAACCCCAGUUUGUUAUGCAAAUGGUGAGCCGGCGCAAGUCGAUGUCAAAAUGUGGGAUCGGGGCUGUACCAAUGUAUUAGAGAUGCAUCGCUUAAUUUCGAUGGAUGAGGCUUUCGACAUCGACAAAUUAUCGGCAGAGGAGAAGCAUGAUUUCCAAGUCCGUAUAUUGGCGGCUUUUUUGUUGCCAUUUCGCAGUCUUUGUGUGCGCGACAAGCGCCGCCGAUCGGUUGCAAUGUUUGUUGUCCAAGAUUCGCUCAAAUGGUCCAAUCGCGAGGCUAAGGACGUGUGUAAUAUAUUAUCUCACGUUGAUCAACUACAACAAGCAGCAACAAAAGACUUUGACCGGGUGGAGAUUGGCCUAUUGAUUCGAAAUAUUGGUAUCCAGUGGAAACUUUGUCUUGAUGUUGUACGUACGCAAGAUUUAGCCGACGCCGGACCGGUUGAUGAAGCUGUUGAGGCUCGCAAUACGGUGUCGAAACGGUAUGACACAUUCAGCUUACGGAUUCAGAAUGCGUGUCUGGAUAGGGUGUGGGAAUUGAAGCCACUGCUUAAUGGCGCUGAUCUCACCAAGGAACUUAAUGUAAGGCCUGGUCCCCAUAUUAAAAACCUGCUUGAUCAUAUUAUGGCGUGGCAGCUAGGCAACCCUAAAGGGUCGCGUGCAGAGUGUAUGGCUUAUACCAAGACAAUAGUUGCCGCAGAAACAAAGUAG